GUCUGAAGCGUCGAGUUGAGAGGUCCUCCCAUUGGAUCAGCGUCGUCGUUGUAGUCUCGUUUAUCGUCUAUCUCGUUAAAUCCAAUAGUAAAUACUUGUUGUUGGCGUUGGCCAGUUCAUUGAGAGUUGUAUUUGUUGCAUCGUGCCAACCGCAAAGUGAAACAAUAAGAAGCCGAGAAGUAGUGCAUAGGCCACCGCUCGAAACUGUUUAGUGCUUUGAUUGAUACCAAAGUGACAAGUUACCCAUUUAGCCCCCCAUUCUUAGCAAGCUUAAAUGCUCUGUCCGCCAACCAUGCGCCCGGCCAGUCCUGCCGAAUCGGAGAUCUCUGUCGGAGGAGCUCCAAGCCCACUGCCAGCCCAGCUGCAGGCCCAACAUCAGAUGCAUCAUCAUCAGCGUGGAAGUACCAUCGAUCUGCUCCAGCAGCAGCAGCAACUCCUCAUGCAGCAACAUGCGGCCGCUGCAGCUGCCGCGGCAGCUGCUGCUGCCGCCGGGCUCACCCGGAGUGCCGUCGGCACACUGCCGGAGGAUUAUUUCCAGCCCCUGAAACGUCUGCGCAUGUCCUCUUCCUCCUCGGAGCCACGAGAACAAACGCCCAGUCCACCGGCUCCAGCUCAGAGCCAAAUUCAAACCAAGUCAGCCAUUGAGGGAGUCAAGAGUUUCUCCAUUGCCGAUAUAUUGGGACACUCGGAGAAGCAGCGUUCCGAAUCCGUUUCUCCGCCACCAGCCACCACCUUGCUAGCCCCGCCCGCUGCCCGGCCAACCACUGGUCUCCUGCAGCCCCGCACCGAGCCUCUGGAUGUCCAUCCAGCUGCGGCAGCUGCCAUGUUACUGCCUGGCGCCCAGAUUGUGCGUCCUUGGGAUCAUUUGCUGGGUCCCAUGCCAGUGCGUCCAUUUAUCCCCUCCGCCCUGCUACACUAUGAGCAGCGUUUGGCUCUGGAUUACCAUCGUCAGUUGCAGGAACACUUCAAUGCCCAGGCCCAAUUGCUGCGUCACAUGGGCAUGGAUAUUAUUCCCUCCGAGAGUGGUUCUGAUCGCUCCAGCUCGGCUGCCAGUGACUGCUGCUCUCCGGAAAUUGCCCGCGACUCAGCUGCUGCAGCAGCAGCUGCUGGCACCCGACAUAGUCCGCAAUCCUCGUCGGCCCAGACAGCCGCCGAAAGGGAACGCCAUCAUUCCGCCGGCUCCAACAAUGCGUCGAGUCCAUCGCAAGCUGCUGCAAUCGGUGGAGGCAACAAUUCUGCGGCUGCUGCUGCUGCCGCUGCCAAGGCUAAGGCCAAUGGCACUCCAUUGGAUGCCCUAUUUCAGAUGACCACCAAGGACUUUGAUGAGUCACAAGAUAAAUCUCAUUUGGAUAUAUUCUCGAAUCGUCCUCAACCAAAGAAGAAGCGCAAGUCCCGCACAGCCUUUACCAAUCAUCAGAUCUUUGAACUGGAGAAACGUUUCCUCUAUCAGAAAUAUCUAUCGCCAGCCGAUCGUGAUGAGAUUGCCGCCUCAUUGGGUCUGUCCAAUGCUCAGGUGAUCACCUGGUUCCAGAAUCGUCGGGCCAAGCAGAAACGUGACAUCGAGGAGCUUAAAAAGGACUUUGAUAGCGUCAAAGUCUUCUCGGCCCACAAAUCCUUUCUCGAGAAUGUCAAUGAUCUCAGCAUAUUGAAGAAGAAACCCAUGCACGAGGCGGAUAUGGUGGGAUUGGCUGCUGCCGCUGCUGCUGCUGGCAUGGUGGGUGUCCCAGGCUCGACUGCCGCCCAGGCCAUGGGUGUUACACAACCAAAAUGAGGGCGUGGCAUAGUGCGUGCAGCGCUUAUUCAACCUGAUGAAUGGUACAGAAAAUGAGCAAGAGUAUUGUGGAUGACAUUAACAUGAAAAACGACUGCCAGAGAAGUUGUGUAUUUUGUUUAAGCAUUUUGAACCAAGUGCUUGGGUAAAGCAGUAGCCGAUUCCUUAGCACCAACACUGGGCGACGGAAGGGACAGAGACUCUCUGCUCUCUGCUUUACUCUCAAAGGAUGUGACCAAAGGCACAGAAAGGCCAUCAAAGGAAAGGCCUCGCCUCGAAAACCCAAAAAAACUAGGACCAAGGCCCGCAGUUGGCCAAGUUGAUUAUAACCAGCUAUGACAAAUCACAAGCUCUGAUCUAUAGAGCUUCAAAAACCUCUCUCCAUUAAUAACAAACCUAGAGAAAAUCACUCAACAAUGACAACAAACGGCUCUUUUCAGAGCCACCAAUCCAAUCAGCGACAAAGAGUAUUAAAAAAACAUUUCAUCAAUUCCAAUCAAAGCUAAAAAAGAGCAAAAUCUUG